UGCAUUCUAUGAUUAAACUACAUUUGAUCAUUGAUUGUACCGAUACACGAGUAUCAGUAUAGCUUUGAAGAGGCAAAGCUCAAGCUGUUCUCGAACUCUCGGUUGUCAGAUUUGAGCAAGUGCGGUGUGCUGAAAGGCAUGCGUCUGUCCAUACUUUUCUUCUGAUGCCAUUAGAUGCAGAGAGGACCUUCCGCUCGUGAUCAGGAGAAUCUGCUACGACAACUUUUGGGGUAUAUUUAUUCUGAUGGAAGUCUCAAUCAGUGUGCCCUUUGUGCCUCGGGCAACGGAGAACAUGCAAGGUUGUGGAGAAGCUCUACUAUUCCCUUUACGUACAAUGCAUGAGUUGUCUCUGUAAAUUCCCUAGAUGACCCUCGAUGUUGGUGUAUAUAAAGACUCUGACGAGCCUCAUGAACUGACAGACAGCCAUCGCCGCCAACUUUCCCUUCUAUUCUCCGAGCCCCUGCCUCGCUUCCUUGCUCACCCAAGUGCAAACCAAGUUUAGAAUGGCAAAGGAGGACGAUUUGAAGAGAGUUGAAUUGAAGGUUUCCGUUAACUGCUGCGAGGGCUGCAAGAGGAAAGUGUCGAAGGCCUUGAGCAUCAAAGGUGUGCUGAGAACAGAAAUCCACCCGACUCUGCCCAAACUUACGGUCAUCGGCAACGUCGACGUCGGAAUCCUCAUUAAGAAGUUGUCAAAGGUCGGAAAAAGCGCAGAGUUGUUGUCCGACGAGUCCCAGAAACCACAGGGAGAGGGGACGUGCUGCAAUGAAGCUUCUGAGAAGAAAACAGAGAAGCCAAGCAAGAAAAAAAAGGACAAAGAAGGCAUGAUUGGAUGCGCGAAGUCGAACCCCGAGAAGGAGAAGACCCCGAACUCGAUCGACGGCAAUGAGAGCAACAACAGAGGAGGCGGGGACGACGCCGGUAAAGGUCAGGAGAGCUCGAAGGAGGGCGGUGAUGCUGGAGGAAGCGAUGCUCCCGACGCAGCAAAGAGCUUCUACCCGACAACUGCAACAACAAUUCCGCAGGUGAACUGCAUGAUGAGGCCCGCGCUGAUGACGUCCGAAGCGCGAGUGUACUACCCGAUGGAGCCAGUCGCAGUUCCCACGCCGUACUACGACCCCGGUCCACCGCCUCACUACGUGCAUCAUCACCCUUCCUACUACGAAAUGCCGGCGUAUCGCCCGCCCCCGAUGGAGUCGCAGGCUACGGUAUUCGGCGACUACUUCAACGAUGACAACGCCGUCGGCUGUCGAAUCAUGUAGGCGGGGCGAAGCAUAUGAGAUGAGACGGUCAUGCGAGUGCUGUAUCUAAAAUAUCAAGUUUGACUUGACGCUUGAGGCAUAGAAAGGCCGAAUUCCUUGUCAGUAAUGCUGCAUUUAAAAUACUUUUGUUGCCAACCGGAGCUCGU